AGUAAGCGGUGUCAAUUACCGCCACUAGGUAAAUGCCAACUUUCCGCUUGUCAGUUGCGUUGCAGGUUGCGUUGGCAAAGCGUUCAAGGGCGACAAACAUCAUUAUCAGGACAGAAAACCAAAUGCCACCGGCUUAGCGAUUCUUUUUUCGGAAGUUGGUGGUUUCAAACGGCACACAGCUGCAUUUGUUCCAUUAUUUUUCGAAAGUGUUGCGUACUAUCGAUGCAAAGCUAUACGUAAUUGAAGACAAGCCUAUGAUGUUGAGUAGCUAGUGUAUUACAACAAAACAAAUUCGAAAACCAUCCUCCUGAAUAUUGUGCCAUUGCAGCAUUCUAGUCAAAUUAUAUAACUAAAAAUUACCAAAAAAUGGAUCUACUAGAUGACCGAGGCAUCCUUUACAUUAUAGCGGACUUUUUGUCCCUGAUAACCAUAGCGUCCUGCUUGGUAUCGAAAGUUCCGCAGAUUCAAACUGUGCAGAAGCUGAAAUCCGCUACUGGCUUAUCCCUGAAUGGACUACUUAUGGAACUAUGCAGCUACAGUGUGACGAUGUUGUACAAUUUCACCAACCGGUAUGCGUUUCUGUCCUACAUGGAGUAUCCUAUUCUGCUCAUUCAGGAGUAUGCACUAGUCUACGUUGUUCUGAAGUAUAGUAACAUGCUCAACAAACCUGCGUACAUCUGGAGUGGCGUCUAUGUGGCUAUAUUUACUGGCUUUGCUACUGCAAUAAUCCCAAGCAGUGUGCUGAUGAUGCUUGUGCCUUUAACGACACCAGUAGGUGCCACUAGUAAAGUAAUGCAACUAGUUGCUAUACUCAAAUCCAAGGACGCACAAUCGGUUAGCCUCAUCACCUGGGCUAUCUCUGCAUUCACCAAUUCAACUCGCAUUUACACUAUCCUGCUGGAUUCAGGAGACAAAAUGUUGCUGGCCAACUUUGGAAUCUCGACUAUUUUGAGUACUUCCGUUUUUCUCGCUGCAUGGUAUUACAAGAAACCAAAGAAGGAAUAAUAUCGUUAUUGAUUACUCGACAAGUAACUUUUUACGCCCUUCAAAACUUUAAACAUGACGAUUUACUUGCGUCGCUUCGUCUAUAAGACACUAGAAAAAUUUCAAUGAAGAUUGAUUAACUAUUAUAGCUACUUAAGAAAUGCUUUUCGAAUGCAGAUAACGUACCCUGCUAGGCAGAGGUAAUAUUUUAAUACUUGGUCAACGUUACUAAAGGAAUGUUAGGAAACAGUAUCAUGUUUAUUCUAGUCCCGUCCAAAUUAAGUACAGAAUCGUUCAUGUUAUUUAAUAUUCUUGAAAAUUAUAGAAAAUUUCAGAAAAAAGCUACAUAACUACUUUGAAAUCUAUAAUAUAAUACUAUUACGUUUUGCGCACAACUUACGUUACGAUUCUACUUAAUCCACAUACGCGGUUAAGCAAACCAUAAAAGACACUUAAUAAAGACUUUCCAAUUCGCAUCACAGUCGAGAUCAUUUGAAUUCUGAAUUUCCAUUGGCAGAGAUUCCCAAAGUGGGCGAUUUUCAGUCCCAGCGGGGCGAAAAUUUGUGAAGCUGAAUUUGUGGGGCGAAAGAAUGGGGAAAAUAACGACUCAUAAUAUUUGUACAAGACACUCAUUUUAAUGGAUAAUUAUACUUUUAUGCAUCUGAAGAAUUAUUAAUUCCACACCUCUUUUAUAAAACUUAACGAUUGUCAAAACCAAAAUAUAUGUGUGAAGCUUUCA